CACACCUCUCAUUACUCUUCUUCACUGUCACUUCACUUGUGCAUGUGAGCAUCAAGAACAGUAAAUAUGGAGGCAUUUUUCCUUUAUUAUUCAGUGUUUUUCGCAACAAUAAUUGUCAUUCCCAUAUUUGUCAUCUUCUUUGCUCGUAAACCAACCUCUAACAAACAACACCUCCCGCCUGGCUCUAACGGGUGGCCAAUACUCGGAGAGACUAUGAACAUGGCAAUGUCCGGUCCCGAGAGGUACAUCGUGGACAGAAUGAAUAAGCACUCCUCGGAGGUGUUCAAGACGUCGUUACUGGGGGAGAAAAUGGUCGUAUUCUGCAGCGCCGCCGCGAACAAGUUCUUGUUCGCAAACGAGGGGAAGUUGGUGUCCUUCUGGUGGCCGCGCUCCAUCACGAAGCCGCUAAUCUGCCCGUCCGACGAGAAGGACCCGGAGAAGAAGCUGGCCCUGAUGAACCACGCCUUCGUCCACGAGAUCCUCCGCCCGGAGCAUCUCAAGCAGUACAUCCCGGUGAUGGACGCCCUGGCUCGCAAGCACGUGACGGCGGACUGGGCGCCGUUCCACCACGUCAAAGCCUACGACUUGUCCAAGAAGUACACUUUCGCCCUCGGCUGCAAGCUUCUCGUCAGCGUCGAAGACCCCGACCACGUCAAAAAGCUGUCGGACCGCUACGUCAUGGUGACUUCCGGCAUGUUCUCCGUGCCGGUAGAUUUUCCGGGGACGGCGUAUCACCGGGCGCUGAAGGGCGGGAGAAUGGUCUGCGAAGAGAUUCUGAAGAUCAUCGCGGCAAGGAGAAAGGAAGCGAUGGAGAACAGGGACGAUGAGCGAGGAUACCGUGAUUUAUUGUCUCGGCUGAUGAGCGCCACUGAUGAAAACGGCAAGUUUUUGAGCGACACAGACAUAUGUAACAACCUUGUUGGUCUGCUCGUUGCCAGCUACGAUACUACAAGCGCGGCGCUUUCCUUCACCAUCAAGUUUCUUGCUGAGCUUCCACAUAUCUAUGACAAGGUGUAUAAAGAGCAAAUGGAGAUCGCAAAGAGCAAAGGUCCAAAUGAGUUGCUGAACUGGGAAGACAUUCAAAAGAUGAAAUACACAUGGUGCGUUGCAUGCGAAGCAUUACGGCUAGUGCCACCAGGCCUCGGAGCUUUUAGGGAGGCUUUGACUGAUUUCACCUAUGCUGGGUUUACCAUUCCCAAAGGAUGGAAGAUAUUUUGGAGUGUAUUUGCCACAAACAAGAAUUCCAAGUACUAUUCGGACCCAGAAAAGUUUGAUCCGUCGAGAUUUGAAGGAAGUGGACCUCCGCCUUUCUCAUUCGUCCCUUUCGGUGGAGGGCCUAGAAUGUGUCCGGGAAGAGAGUAUGGAAGGCUAGAACUGCUGGUGUUCAUUCACAACUUGGUCACCAAAUUCAAGUUGGAGAAAUUGGUUCCAGAUGAGAAGAUCAUUUACCAUGCAUCACCGGUGCCAACUCAUGGAAUUCCCGUUCGCCUUCUUCCCCGUCACAAUUGAGCUCAAACAAUCAAAACAAAUCCAUAUAUUAUACUAUAUAUAGUGUUUUUAAA